UUAAAUAUCCCUGGCUCCCGAGCUGCGCCUGCAGAACUAUAUAAAGUGGCCUCGGCCGCGUCGGGCUGCAGAGCGAGAGCCAGCGGCGAUGAAAGGCGGCCGGAGGCGCAAAAGGCGAAGGCGAGGAAGGCCACGGAGGGCCCGAGGAGGAGGAGGAGGAGAAGCCGAAGGCGCCUAAGCCGUGCUCGGGGCUCUUCCAGGCCGGGCUCGCUGCCCCAUGGCGGAGGUGGGUCUCCCCGGGGGGCCCUUGGCGGGCGCCUCGUCCUCGUCGUCGUCCUCGCCGGACUGGGACCCUCUGCCGGGCUUCUCGGCCUCGUUGGCGGGCGAGGCUCCGGCGCUGCUGCUGAGCGAGCGCCUGGGGCAGAUCGAGGGGCGUCUGCAGCGGGGCUCGCCCACCGACUUCGCCCACCUCAAGGGCAUCCUCCGACGGAGGCAGCUCUACUGCCGCACCGGCUUCCACCUGGAGCUCUUCCCCAACGGCACCGUCCACGGAACACGUCAGGACCACGGGCGCUUCGGGAUUUUGGAGUUCAUUAGUUUGGCCGUGGGACUGGUCAGCAUCCGAGGAGUGGACUCCGGGCUCUACCUGGGCAUGAACGACCGAGGGGAGCUCUACGGAUCGAAGAAGCUGACCAGGGAGUGCGUCUUCCGGGAGCAGUUCGAGGAGAAUUGGUACAACACUUACGCCUCGACGCUGUACAAACAUUCGGACUCCGAGCGGCAAUAUUACGUGGCCUUGAACCGGGACGGAUCCCCCCGAGAAGGAUACAGGACUAAGCGGCACCAGAAGUUCACCCACUUCUUGCCCCGACCAGUAGACCCCAGUAAGAUGCCCGCCAUGUAUAGGGACCUUUACCACUAUAGGUGAUCCAGCCUCUGCAGUUUGGGUUUCUUGUGUGUGUGUAUACAUAUCUAUAUAUAUAGGGAAACAGAAGGAAGCUUUCGAGGCUCCUUGCCAAACGGAGAAGGACCUGCCAUGACUUUCUCCGUCUUGAAGGCAACUUUGUUCACAUCAGAGUGACUUCUUUGCGGCUGGAGAUGGAUGCGGGUCUUGGAAGGAAAAGAAAUGCUCAAAGAUACUUUUUUUUUGGAGCGGAAAUGGAUGCAGAACCUGAAAGGAAAAAUAAGCAAAUCCAAGUUCCUUCUUUGGGGUGGAGAUGGAUACUAGGCUUCUUUAUCCAGUGAGUGAGGAAAAGGACCAAACAAGCCCUUAUUGUGUUCCGAAAUGACUAUUACCACUAGCAUCAAUCGCCAGACAUACAAUUGAGACAAAAGGUGGAAACAUUGGCAUAUUUUGAGGGAAAGACUUUGGAUGGAUUGGGUUUGCUCUUUGGAUGUAUCCAAGUGGAGUUCUUCUUACUGGAUGAAACAUCCUGAUGUGUCCGAAUGGACUUCUUCUAAAAAUCCUGAUGUAUCCAAGUUCAUUUUGAAUCGUGAUCCUGAUGAAUUUAUCAAAACAGAAAACUUCUUGCUGGAUGAAACAUCCUGAUGCAUCCAAAUGGACUUCUUCUAAAAAUCCUGACAUAUUCAAGUCCAUUUUAAAUUGUGAUUCUAAUGGAUUUAUCCAAAUGGACCUGCUGGGUGACAUAUCCUGAUGCAUCCAAAUGGACUACUUCUUGUUGGAUGAAAUAUCCUGAUGACUCCAAUUGGACCUCUCUUAAAAAUCCUGAUGCAUUCAAGUCCAUUUUAAAUCGUGAUUCUGAUGGAUUUAUCCGAACGGACCUGCUGGGCGACAUAUCCUGAUGCAUCCAAAUAGACUUCUUCUAAAAAUCCUGAUGUAGUCAAGUCCUUUUUAAAUCGUGAUCCUGAUGGAUUUAUCAAAACGGACCUGCUGGGCGACAUAUCCUGAUGCAUCUAAAUGGACUACUUCUUGUUGGAUGAAACAUCCUGAUGUAUCCAAUUGGACGUCUUCUAAAAAUCCUGAUGUCUUCAGGUUCAUUUUAAAUCGUGAUUCUGAUGGAUUUAUCCGAACGGACCUGCUGGGUGAGAUAUCCUGAUGCAUCCAAAUGGACUUCUUCUAAAAAUCCUGAGAUAUUCAAGUCCAUUUUAAAUCAUGAUUCUGAUGGAUUUAUCCGAACGGACCUGCUGGGCGACAUAUUCUGAUGCAUCUAAAUGGACUUUUAAAAAUCCUGACACAUUCAAGUCCAUUUUAAAUCAUGAUUCUGAUGGAUUUAUCCAAACGGACCUGCUGGGUGACAUAUCGUGAUGCAUCCAAAUGGACUACUUCUUGUUGGAUGAAACAUUCUGAUGUGUCCAAAUGGACUUCUUCUAAAAAUCCUGACGUAGUCAAGUCCAUUUUAAAUUGUAAUUCUGAUGGAUUUAUCCAAACGGACCUGCUGGGCGACAUAUCCUGAUGCAUCCAAAUGGACUUUUAAAAAUCUUGACACAUUCAAUUCCAUUUUAAACCGUAAUCCUGAUGGAUUUAUUCAAACCGACUUGCUGGGCGACAUCUCCUGAUGCAUCCAAAUAGACUUCUUCUAAAAUCCUGACAUAUUCAAGUCCAUUUUAAAUCAUGAUUCUGAUGGAUUUAUCCGAACGGACCUGCUGGGUGACAUAUUCUGAUGCAUCCAAAUGGACUUUUAAAAAUCCUGACACAUUCAAUUCCAUUUUAAAUUGUGAUCCUGAUGGAUUUAUCCAAACCGACUUGCUGGGCGACAUCUCCUGAUGCAUCCAAAUGGACUUCUUCUUGCUGGAUGAGACAUCCCGAUGUACCCAAAUGGGCACCUCCAACUUCUAGACUUUUUUUAAGGACAAACAACCAGUGGAUUCAAAUGGAAUUGGAUAUCUGGAUUUCUUCGGAAUUGGGACAUCUGGACUUCUUCGGAACUGAAGGAUGAAUGUGCUUUUGCGUGUCCCUUUUGUGCGGUUUUCCGACCUUUUGGGAAACUAAACGCAAAGGAAAGGCUGCGACAGGGGAUCAAGCGCCCCCGAUGUAAACGUGGCCCUGUCUCUGAGGACAAACUCUAUUUAUAAAGUGUAUAUGGGUAUUUAUUUUAUAUAUUUAUUUAUUUCAGGGAAAGAAAUAAUAAUUAUUUUAUUUUUUAAACAAAGGAAAUAAGAGAAAGAUUAUGGCCUAACGUUCGCCUCCUGAAAGGGAGGAGCGGGUGGGAGUAUGUGGGGAAUGAAGUUUGGAGAGCUUAACCAGCAAUAAAAUGGUCUUUAUAUCUAUCUAUCUA